AUGAAAGGUGUGAUCCGGUUCGCAAGGCGAGGAAAGCUUAAUCUGAGAUACAUUAGACUCUUUCGUAUUAUUGAAAGGAUUGGGCUAGUGGAAUAUAGACUAAAGUUACCCUUAGAGUUGGAUCGGAUUCACAAUGUCUUCCACGUCUUAAUGUUGAAGAAGUAUGUACUUGAUCCCUCCCAUAUCCUCGAGACACCUCCGAUUGAGUUACAAGAAGAUUUAAAGUUUGAGGUGCAACCUGUACAUAUUCUAGAUCGAAAGGAUCGAGUGUUGAGGAAUAAGAACAUUCCAAUGGUUAAGGUGUUGUGGAAAAAUGCUCGGAUGGAGGAGAUGACGUGGGAAGUUGAGCAUCAAAUGAGAAACCAAUACUCUCAUCUUUUCUCCGAGUCUGGUAAGUGA